AUAAAAUGCGACAGGACUAUAUAAGUAUCGUCCUUGGCUCUGUGUGAAAUUAAGCGGUUUAGGGUUUUUUCUAAAAAGAUAAUUUCGACUCGCUUGAUUUUAUUCCGCCGCCGGGACGUUCAGUACCCGUCUCUCCCUGCGGCGGCGCGGGAUGAGCAUCUGCAGUGGCCGGUGCUGACUAAACCUGUCUUUGCUUCAGGUAGAAAUGGUCAGUGAAUAGCUCAGCCGGGUAACUCGCCAUGGCUCAGGACACAUCGCCGCAGCUUUCUCCGACACCCGAGUGGAUACUAGCAGCCUACGAGGGGAGCAAUGCCUCCACCGAGAUCCAGUCCAAUCUCACCCAAAACAACACCAAGCCAUUCUUCCUAGACAUGAGAGGCAGCGUGCUCCUACCAUUCAUCUAUUUCGUGGUGUGCGUGGUGGGACUGAGCGGCAACACCCUGGUCAUCUAUGUCAUCCUGCGAUACGCCAAAAUGAAGACAGUCACCAACAUCUACAUCCUCAACCUGGCGAUCGCAGACGAGCUCUUCAUGGCCGGGCUCCCCUUCAUCGCCAUCCAAGUGGCCAUGGGAUACUGGCCCUUCGGUCAGGCUUGCUGCAGGAUCCUGAUGACCGUGGACGGCAUCAACCAGUUCACCAGCGUCUUCUGCCUGACGGCGAUGAGCGUCGACCGCUACCUGGCCGUGGUUCACCCCAUCAAGUCUUCGCGGUGGCGCAAGCCGAGGGUGGCCAAGUUGGUGAACGUGGCGGUGUGGUUCAUCUCGCUGCUGGUCAUCCUGCCCAUCAUGAUCUACUCGGGGGUGGUGCAGAACGCCCCCCGAAACAGCAGCUGCACUAUCAUCUUCCCCAGCGAGGACCAGAUGUGGUACACCGCCUUCACCAUCUACACGUUCGUGCUGGGCUUCGUCCUGCCCUUCGCCAUCAUCUGCCUCUGUUACCUCAUGAUCAUAUUCAAGGUGAAGGCUUCGGGCAUCCGUGUCGGAUCGUCCAAGCGCAAGAAGUCCGAGAAGAAGGUCACCAAGAUGGUCUCCAUCGUGGUGGCCGCUUUUGCCUGCUGCUGGCUGCCCUUCUACAUUUUCAACUUGGUCCCGCUGGGGGUGAACGUCCUGCCUACACAAGCCUCCAAAGGCGUUUUCGAGUUCAUAGUCCUCCUCUCGUACGCCAACAGCUGUGCCAACCCGAUCCUUUACGCCUUUCUGUCCGACAACUUCAAGAAGAGUUUUCAGAACGUGCUGUGCCUGCAGAAGGUCAGUGGCCUGGACGAGGUAGACCGCAGCGACAGCCGCCAGGACAAGUCAAGGCUGCAGGACGUCACCGAAACGCAGCGGACUCUCCUGAACGGCGACGACCUCCAGACCAGCAUUUAAACCCAAGCUGGGAUCGCCGCGUACGAGGGUCCCAGCCCCGUCUCACGGGAACGCCUCCAGGGCUCCGGUUUGAGAUUCCUGGUGAGUCCUGUUUCCAACGAGGUCCACCCAGCCUCAAGCCCGGCCCGUGGCUCGCAGGGUCCCGUUUCCUAGACCGCAUUUACGGCUCCGCCGGUGUUACGAAUUCAUAUGAUUUAAUCUUAUGCCACACACGCGAUUCGUUCAAUCCAUGUGUCAACGUUAUGUAAGUGUGCGGAUUGUAUAGCGGCUGAGGGCGAAUUGAAGUAAUUCUCCCAUGGUUUCCCAAUUCUGCUUACUGGAGAGGAUCAGGACGUAGCGGGUUUUCUGCAACUCCGGUUUGCGAGGCCAAAUGAUGCAAACGCCCCGCAGUCCCGCAAGCAGCCUUGUGUUUUAGAGCUCAAGCAUCAUGAAUGCCAAUUGAAAGUCCAGUAUGUAUUCAGCUGUUCGGAAGCGUUUCAGCAUCGUUUUCUUAUGAAGGCUGCUUCAGCUAAUUCGUCUUAAUUAUAAUAUGAAAUAUCUAUAUUACGGUAACCUGCUUCUCUGGGGGAGCAGGCAGGCUGAAAACUUAACCGCGAGGGACCGACCGAAUUCGCUUUCUAUGAGGAAGCUCCACACACAGCGUGUCAAUGGGAAUAACAGCCCCGGCUCUUCACUUAUUGGGAAAGUUUGCAGAUUGAUCAAAUGAACACUUCUGUAAAUAUAUUUUCUACGGCCCAGUAAUUUGCUAGUCUGUACUAUCAUGCUCGGCGUUAGCUGCUUUAAUCCAGGCGUGGGUUCUAUUUCCAAAACCCGCCGUUGUCGGCGUUAACAUGUUGUUUUAGUUCUAACGCCCUCACAAUGAGUGACCUCACCCAUGUGGACCAUUUCAAUCGCUUCCUAACUAGAUAAUGGCAAAACGUGAACAAGAAAUGAGCCCAUCUUUUCAUAUUCUCACUGCGGAUUUUUAAACAUGUAAGUUCUGGGAAAGAUUUUAGUUUAAGAGGUGCUACAUGGCAUUGAAAGAUUCCCCCAAAACAACAGAUGCUGGAAGUCUGAAAUAAAACAAAAGCAGGUCAGGCAAACUAUGUGGGAUGGGAAACAGUGAAUGUUUCAGGUCAAAAAUCCAAGGGGGAUGUUGUCGUUUAAAGUUAAAUUGGGUAAAUAUAUGGACAGGAAAGAAAUGGAGGGUUUUGGGCUGAGUGCAGGUCGGUGGGACUGGGUGAGAGUAAGGUGCGGCUGGUUAUGCUUGAUAUGCUAAUUAGAGUCGAGGGAAAAUUCAAAGUAUUAUCAGAAUAGGUGUAUGUCAUCACAUACUAUAUUGAGAUUGAUUGGGAAAGGCUUCUAUGCUAAACUUGUCAAAGGAGUCCACGUCCAUGGAAAAAUUAGAACUGAUAAUAUCUGAUUAAUAUCUGAUAAAAUUCCAUUAACUUUACAUCAACACAUAAUCAAUUUUUUUUUUUGCUUUUGUAUAUUUACCGUUGUGCUCUAAUAUGUGGUUUUAGUGGGUGUGAUUGUUUAGAAAAGGCCUGAAUUACUGAAUGCCUGUGAUGUAUAGAGCUUGUGGAUGAAUCAAGACCACCUUUAAUAAGCGGAUGUAGUGAGAUAAAAAAAACAAAUGUUCAGCUUCUGACUGUUUUAGUUAAUGAUAAGAAUACCCAAAGAUCUAAGGGUCGUUUUGGCCCACCAAAAUUGUGUUGAGUGCCAAAAAAUUAUGCGCUUAUUUGAGCGGCUUUUAUUCUCUAAUUUCACCCUGUUUAAAUGGUGUCCGCCAUACAAACCCAAAGCUAGAGAUUCGUGCUGCACAUUGUGUUUGUGAGCUUUCAAACAAGAACACACAGACUGAGCUGUUUAAUGGAUAACAUCACUGCAAAAUUAAAAAAGCCUCACUUUAUCACAGUUUUCAUAUUGCAAAUAGGAAUUCCCCAAGGAAGAAGAUAAUUGGAAAUCGGUUUACUUUGAUGUUAGAGCCCUAAGUAGGAGGAGUUUCUAUCUACUGCCACAAUUUUCCUUCCAAUAUUUCUAUUGAUUGCUUACAUAAAAGGUUACAGAGUUCAGGAGGAUAUAUAUUAUAUAUCAAUUACAAUAUAUUUAAAUCACACUUGUAGUCCCAUUACCCCAUAUUCAUGUAAAUUAAAUUGAAUCAUAAUAUUGAAAAUAAUAAUUUUAUUAUACAAAAAAAUCUAAACCCACUACCAAGAAAAGCUGUUCGGUAAAGAAAGAAAAAAGGAAAAAAUCCUUAGCAUGUAGUAAAAUAUAUUAUUAGCCAACAUCUGCACAUAAUAACAAAUCAAAGAUUUUGAAAAUAAUUCAGAAAUGGUACCCACAAUGUCUCAAUUUUCCUUGUCUCAAUUUUCUAAGUUACUUCCUCAUCUAAUGUGAACAUAAACAAAAUCAAAAUUAUUCGAACAUAUCUAAUGGAUAUGCUUUUUAAUUCCGCUGUUUUAAGGCACUUUAUUGGGUUUUGAACUCUAGAUUUCAAAAUACUUUCCAAGCAAUGUCACUAAUCCAUAUGAAUCAUCAGUUAAAAUUAUGCUGACAUUACUUGUAUAAUUUAUUAAAUAUCCUUCUAACCUUUAAGAGCAUGCUCUCCCAUGUCUGGUGCUCCAUUAUUCAAAUUCAUUUUAUUCCAUAUUUAUUACUUCCUUAGAGUUAAUUUUUAUCUAUUGUAAAUACUACAGCCAUAUAUGGUAAACACAACUCUCUUAUCUGUUGGAUUGGCAUACUCUGCACUCAGUUAGGGUAUUAAAAAGAAAACAUACUGGUUUAUACAAUCUGUAGCUUUAAACCUGGUUUUGAGUUGCCAGAAACUGCGGUGCAGUUGAGCCCUGAGAAAAGUCCCCUUUCAUCAAUAGCUGCUAAUGGUUAUGUCUGGAGCAAUAUCUAUAGUUAAUUCUGACAACAAUAUUUACUGCAGUAGGGGACCUUUCUAUUCUAACUGAACUCACUGAUGCAGUGAAGCUUUUUCUUAGUUCCAGUACAUUAUAUUGAAAAGCAAGGUUAUUGAAACAGUGAAGAGGCUGCUGUACUCAUUUGACUUGGAUUUUCUGUUGGUGCCGUGUUGUGAAGUAUAUUUUUAACUGUACAUUUUAAGUACAUAUGUAGUCUAUAGGUUAAACAAGACAUACAACAUUUACUAACUGUGUAGUCUGAUAGAUGGCUGCUUUUUAAGAAAUAUUCUUUACCCUCUUCAACACACACAAAAUACUGGAGGAACUCAGCGAGUCAGAGAGCAGCUAUGGAAAUUAAUAAACAGUCAAUGUUUUGGGCCAAGACCCUUCUUCAGGACUGGAAACGAAUGGGGAAGAUGCCAGAAUAGAAAGGGAGGGGGAGCGAGGGGGGGUAGGAGGAUAGCUAGAAGUUGAUACCUGAAGCCAGGUGGGUAGAAAAGAUAAAGGGCUGGAGUGGAAAGAAUCUGUUAGGAGAGGUGAGUGGUCCAUAGGAGAAAGGGAAGGAGGAGGGGACCCGGGCGAGGUGAUAGGCAGGUGAGGAUAGGUAAGAGCUCAUUAUCGGAAUAGAAGACGAGGGGAGGUGGAGGGAAUUUUUUUUUAACCAGAAGGAGAAAUCGAUAUUUAUGCCUUCAGGUUUGAGUCUACCCAGAUGGAAUAUAAGGUGCCACUCCUGCACCUGAGGGUGGCCUCCUCUUGGCACAAGAGGAGGCCAUGGACCAACAUGUCAGAAUGGGAAUGGGAAUUGAAAUUAAAAUUUUUCCUCCUAAGAUACAGCCUCAGGGAUGGUAGUAGCAACUACUUCCAAUAUGCUUCAGGUCAGAUAGAGAAAAAGAGUUGAACUUACCUGGCCAUAUGCUGUCUGAUGGAGAGACCCAAGAGUGGUCUGACAGAAGCAUGUGACCUUAUCCACCUACAUCAAAAAUGGAAUCCAAGUCAAGCAGCCAGCAAGGCAAUCAGAAGUUAGCAGCACCUUUACAAAUCUGUACAUUUUUAUCUGUCAGUUUUAUAAGAUCAUGGAACCCACAGCGCAGAACAAAUCGGAUUUGUUAGGAAUGGAACAAAUUAUCCUUAUUAAAGGAAAUAAUAAACCUGCCACUCACAGAGCCAAAUUUCUUAAUAGAAUAACAUUCUUGAUUGAUAAUUGUGACUUCAUCAAAAAGGUAAAAAAAAAUGCUGAUUUAUUCAUCCACAUUCAAAGGCUCAUGAUCAUUUAAUUAUGAGUUUUUUAAUAUAUUAAAAAAUUUUUCAAAGCAGUGGGCAUUAUUAUAGACCAAGAAUUCCCAACCUGGGGACCAUGGACAUCUUGCUUAAUGGAAUUGGUUGACAGCAUAAAAAAGGUUGGGAACCCCUGAAUAGAUAGAUUUUGUCACCUAUACUCAAAUAUAGAUUACCCAGGACUUCAAAGUGGAAUAUGUUAAAUUUUCCAGAUUGAUUUAGAUGACAGUCUUGCACUGGGCCAGACAAGUGAAUACACAAGUUUCAGCUGUGCUAGGAAAGUGGGCUUGUGAUAAUUUCAGUUUUAAACAGCUUUGCAAUGAUAUUUAUAACGUUUAGACUUGGCAAUGACCAUGGGAAUGCCUGAAUUUUGAAUCCACCAGAGACAACUCAGAACUUCCAAUUUCAAAUCAGAAAUUAGUACCGACACUCUGUGGCCACUUUAUUAGGUGCAGGAGAGGAACCUUCUGUGGUCCUCGGCUGCCGUAGGCAAUCCACUUCAAGGUUCGACACGUUAUGUGUUCAGAGAUGCUCUUCUGCACAUCACUGUUGUAACGUUUGGUUAUUUGAGUUACAUCACCUUCCUGCCAGCCUGAACAAGUUUGGCCAUUCUCCUCUGGCCACUCUCAUAGCAAGAUAUUUUCAUUUACAGAAUUGCCACUCACAACAUGGUUUUUUUGCACCGUUCUCUGUAAAACCUAGAGACUGUUUUUGUGAAAAUCCCAUGCAAUCAGUAGUUUCUCAGAUAUCAAACCACUAUGUCUGGCACCACCAAUCAUUCAAAGGUCAAAGUCACUUAGGUCACGUUUCUUCCACAUUUUGAUGUUUGGUCUGAACAACUGAACCUCUUGACCAUGUCUGCAUGCUUUUAUGCAAUGAGUUGCUGCCAUGUGAUUGGCUGAUUAGAUAUUUGUAUUAACGAGCAAGUGUACAGGUGUACCUAAUAAAGUGGCCACUGAGUGUAAUUUUAAAUUGACAAAGAGCAAAUGUCACUAUAAAAUGUAACAGGUAUUACAAACACUGAGCAAAGAACCUACCUUUGCAUUAAGAAAAAAUGUCUGUGUUAAUACAAGACACCUUCUGCUUGUUGUGAUGAGUGUAACGUAUGAAAACUUAUCCUAAGUUUUUGCAAGUUUAUCAGAGCUAUAACAAUAGCAUUUCAAGUACUAACAAAACACAACAAAGGGGAACAUUGCUACUAAGUUGCCGAAGAUAAAUUGAAAAAAGUUUUUUAUUGGGAAAAUGAGUGUAUGUAUUUAUUGCAGCUGCAGUAGAAACCUCUCUUCCACUGAUCACUUUUUACAAGGUAAGAGAAUGACUGCUUUUCUCCAUGGUCAAGUUUUACAUGGAAUCUCUGCAAGGAAUAUAUUGUGAAUAAUAGUUUCAUUUUAAAUAAAUUGAAAGUCUGUAAUUUUCCAACAAAAAUCUUUUGACCUCUGCAGAAAUUCCCAAAUGCCACAUUAUAUGGCUUAGUUUAAAUGGCUUGGCAUGGACUAGAUGGGCCAAAGGGCCUGUUUCUUUGCAGUACUUUUCUAUGACUCUACAUAAACUUAAAGCAAAAUGUACUACAUAUGCCGAUAAGACAAGUAUUUUUGAAAAAGACAUGAUUUUUCAUUCAAGGUUUCCUCUUUGUAUGUCUCAGUGAAUAUUUGUUGCAGUAUGAAAAAACUGUAUUGUGUGAGAUAUUUUCAAUAUCUGUUAAGAUCUAUUGUAGAGGAAUUUGUUAAAUAUAAGGGUCAGAAGUUCACUUAUGGUCACCAGUGUUAAAUAUUUUUAAGAGUAUCAGUUACAGGUUGUAUUCACUUAAGACCGUAAGAUGUAAAGCAAAAUUAGGCCAUUUGGCCCAUCAGGUCUGCUCUGCCAUUCUAUCACGGCUGAUUUACUAUCCCCCUCAAACCCAUUCUCCUGUCUUCACAGUUCCAAUAAAAUAACAGAGUUAAAUCUGGGAAACUGAGCAUGACAGACAGCGGAUAUUCUCACAUACAGUUAGCAUGUGACCAAAGAUGGUGUCUCAUCCAAGAUUUUUCGUAAAAGCAAACUUGACAACAGUGGUGUCAUUAUUAUAUUUUUCUUCCAGGGAAUAAUUGCCUUCUGCUGCAAGACACUGCAUAUAUCAAAUUUAGAUCACAUUAUUGAAAGUUUCAAAUAAGCUAUCAAUGGAAUUGAUCCAGUGCAAUGAUUGACCUUGGCCUGGUAAUAACCAAAUAGUCAACGUUUUCAAUGAGGCAAAGAAAAGUGGCAACAUAAGCCGUGUAAAUGGGAAGAUAAAAAGAUUUAAAAGACAAUAAUAGUUUGACAUAGAAAUAGCUUGGUACUGAGACCAUCGUGAUAUGCUCAGCCUUUUUAUGUUUCAGGCCUUUCUUGUACUGCCAUCUAAUGUUCUUUGCAUGUCAACUUCAAAAACUGUGGCUUUAUCUGUUAGGAAUCUUUUACAUCACCCAGCUAUAGAUUCUCUCUGAUAUAAAAUGUUCACUAUUCUAAUCAUUUGCUGUCAUAAACACUCUUGAAAUAAUGUAUAUUCUAUACUUAGAGAAAGGAGUAGCACUGUAAUAUCAUUGUCCUGAGCAAAGGCAAUAAAGCUUAACUAACAAUGAUAAAUGAUAACUGAGUCAUGUUCCACACAUACUAUGUCUCAAUGUUGCAACAAUAACAGGAAAAUUCACAUAAGUGAUUAUGUGGAUUUUAGAUAACAUAUCUACAGCAUAAAAGAGUCAUGGAAUGUUCUCUGAAUCAAUUGAAGAGAGUGUAUAUCACGUGUAUUUAAUUUUCGCAACAUGAUUGACUGUACUGAUAGAAAUAUUGCUUUACAGCAAAAAUCAGAAAAUAAAUUUAAUAUUGAUAAUGUUAUUAUGUAUGUGUUUGGCAUUGGGGUGGUGUUGAAUAGUAGGAAAGUAAAUUACUUACACAAAAGCAAGGUGAACCAAACAAAGCCCUUUAAAAACAAAUCUGGAAAAGGAAAAACAUAGUGGCAGAUUUGUUCAAUAAUUAAUAUGUCAAUCUCCACAGCUGAAAAGAGAAUAAUGUAGAUACAUAAUAAUGAAUCAAUGACUCUUCUUCUUAAGUCCAUCAACCAUACUGGGGCACAGGCCGCCAACAGCAGCUCACCAGAGUCAGCUGUCCUUGGCCAGUCUUUUACGUUGUCCCCACGUGUUCCCAGGUGCCCAUUUUUGAAUAUCCUUCCUCUGUCAGCGAUGAGGACUUUGGAGCUUCUGUUGGCUUUCUGUAGCCCUGGGUUUUUAGGAAUGAAGUUGCUAACUCCAUGUUCAGCCCUCCUCUUCACAGCCAGGCUUGGGACCAUCCAUGGCAAAGUUGCAUCAACAUCUCAGUACUGUUUAAUCAAGUUAAGCAAGGAAGAAAACUAUACUGUAAAUGAUAAUUACAUGAAAGGUUAAGAAAUAUUCAGGUUUCUGAAGAAAGCGAGCGAUGAAGUUGUAAAUGCUUUUGUCAUAAUCUUCCAAAGUUCUCCCAAUUCAGGAAUAAUGCACCAAGAAUGGAAAAUCUGUAUGUGUAACUUCAUAAUUUAAGAAAACUAAAAGAGAGAAUUGCAGAAAUUAGUCUAACUCUGUAAGAAUCUUUUAGAAUCUAUAAUUAAGAACAGAGGGACCAAGAACUUUGAGAAAUUUGGAGUAAUUAAAUUAAUGUAACUUUUCAUCAACUUCUAGUAAGGUUCUGCAUUAAAAACUGCAACCAAAAAUAACCAUCAAGGAAUUAAAGUUAUGACAUACAUUAUAAAAAUAUUUAUAGGCAGCAGAGGAUAGAGGGAGAAUCAAAUCAUACUCUAAGAUCAGCCUUUGACACCUCAAACAAUUCUAACAAAGUAAAUUGAUGGAUUAAGCAUGUUGCCAAAACACGGGUAAAUGCAACUAAACACAAGUAAAUGCUUUGGAUCAAAAGAACGAUCGAUCUAUUACAAGUUGUGGUGGUGGUAGUAGAGGCAGAUAUAUUAGGGACAUUUAAGAAACUAUCAGGAUAGACACAUGGAUGAUAGAACAAUGGGGGGCUAUGUAGGAAGGAAGGAUUUGAUUAAUCUUAGGGUUAAAAUUAGGCACAACUUCAUGGCCUCCUAAUGCUGUGAUGUUCUACAGUAUUUUCUAUGUUUUACAGCAAUUGAAGACAAAUGAGAUUUGGGAACUUGUGUUUGGUAAUUAUGGAUAAAAAUCAUCAAAGCUACUAAUGGAAUACUCGCUUUUACUCGAGAAGAUUGCAAUAUAAAGGAAAUGUUGCUUUGGAUAUUUAGUGCGCUGGUUAUUGGGUACUCUGAUCGGCACUCGGAGUGCAGCACUGAUUCAUCAGAAAGUUUCCAGGUUGGAUUAUGAAGAUAGAUGAGACUUAUAAUCAAAGGGAUGUGGAAUGUUAAAGGUUGAUUUACGCAUGAGACCUAGGAGAGGAACUGAUUUAGACAGGAAGUUAUUUUUUAUUGAUAGGUGAAACGAAGACAAGAAAACAAGCCAAUCACACCCAAAUGCUUCAGUAGUAAAGAACCAUAGUUAUAGAAAAGUACAGCAUAGAAAUAGACCCAUAUAACUCACCUUGUACAUGCCGAUUGUUAUGUCUAUCUACAUUUUUCCUGUUUGCUGGCAUUAAGCCCAUAUCCCUCUUUUCCUUUCCUAUCCAAGUACCCGUCCAAACAUCUUUAAGUGCUGUAAUUGUACCUGCCUCCACCAUACCCUUGGGCAGCUAAAUUAGAUGUUCACUACACUCUGUAUAAAAAAAAAACUUACCUCCCCCCUCCCCAAAUUUCCUUUAAAUUUCACACCUCCCACCUUUAACCUGUGCUCUCUAUCUCUAGAUUCCACUGCCUGGAGACAAUGAACCUGACUAUCUAUCUUUUCCAACCUUGUAUUUUUAUAAAUCUUUAUAAGGUCAUCCCCCCCACCCCACUGGAUCUACGUUCCAGCGAGAAUAAUUUCAGCGAAUGCAUCUCUUUUUGUAAUGAGAGUGUUCCAUUCCAUAUACCAUCCUGGUGAAUUUCUUCUGCCAUCUCUGUUGCUGCCACAUCCUAAGUGUGAUCUGCCCGGUGUGAUGUUCCAACUCUGAUACUCCAUGGCUCUGCCUAUGAAAACAAGCAUUCUAAAUACCUUUGCCAUUACCCUAUCCACAUAUGUUAUCACUUUUAAGGAGGGGUGGACUUGCACCCCAAGGUCUCUCUGUCCAUCAAUACUCCUGUGGUCUUGUCACCUUUCUAUAUUUCUGACCAGAAUUUUACUUCCCAAGCUUCAUGACCUUACUCAUGCCCGGAUUAAAUUCCAUCUGCCACUGGUCUGCCCAACUUUCCAGCUGACCCCUGUCCCACAGUAUUCUUAGAUAUCCUUUUUUCAUUAUCUAUCCCUCCACCAAUUUCUUUGUCAUCCAUAAAGUAAGGACAAACUUUAGUAUAGUUAGAAAUAACGUUGCUAGUUUUGGGAAAACUUUUUCAUGGUGGAGGUGUAAAGCUCUGUGGCAGAGAAAAGAGUUGGUAGUUUUAACAAAGUGAUCAAUAGGCUUUUGCUCUUCUCGAGUAUUUUGGAUAUAUUGAGCCAAGGCGAGGUGAUGUGGUUGAGCUGUGGUCCUGAUGUGACUGACUGGGUUACUGAAGUUGGUGAUAUAAAGGCCUUUAUUCAACUCAACAGAUCCUCUGGAGAGAACCUAAUUCUCCUCUCCUCACACAAUGUGUGAACACCUCAAACACCUUUCAAACACAAAGAUUACAGUUAACUACAGUUUCAAUGGCAACAGUCAUCUACUUUAACAUUAGAAAUUUAGACAGGUAACUGCAGAAUUAAAUAUUAACAAUGGGAUCACAUCCCAAUUAGCAGAACCCUUUGAAUAUUCCAACACCAGUAACUGGUUCAAGCACAUAUUCCAGAUACCCAAAAUUUACCCUUUUUGCUACAGUGUAGAGGAAUGGCUCCCUGAAUAUACAACUAGCCAGAUUAUUAAGUGACCCUGUCUCAAACUGUGCAUUAAUUGGCAGGGAUAUAUGUUUAACAAUGUGCUAAUACAGGAGAGAGCAGCACUGCCUGUAAGGAGUUUGUAUGUUUUCCCUGGGUCCUCUGGUUUCCUCUCACAGUCCAAAGACAUUCCGGUUGGUAGAGUUAAUUGGUCAUUCUAAAUUGUCUCAUGAUGAGGCUUGGGAAGUUCCUGAGUGGUGUGGCUCGAAGGGCCAGAAGGGCUGUAUCUCAACAAAAAACAAAACAAUGCCUUCCCCGAUCUCGUUCUGAAAAUUUCAAUGACCCCCAAUUAACGUGAAUCUCUAUCAUCUUUCCCUGAAUAGUUUCUCAAUGUAGAAUCUGAAUAUCUCACACCCUGAUGAAGGGUCUCAAUCCAAAGCAUCAACUGUUCACUUCCCUCCAUAAAUGCUGUCUGACCUGCUGAGUUCCUCCAGCAAUUUUUUUGCCUUCUUCCACCUCCAAUGAAUGGUUUCAGUAGCCUUAAAAUAUCAGUUGAAGAUAAAUUUAGUUCCUGAAGACUCAUUCUCAUUUUGCUUAAUGCAUAUUCAUAAUUAUCAGCUCCAGAAUAAUCUCGGAGAGUUUCCAUUGGAUGAAAAGAGGUGUUUGAAAAGCCUCCUCUUAGUCUUAUUAAACUGCCUCCAUUUUUCAGUUAUGGGAAUAGCUCAUCCCUUAGUUGGGUCUUCUAGUUUCAAAUGCUCAUGUGGCUGUUCAUAAUCUGUUCAACUUCAAACCUCUGCACAGUGUGUUCCAGUUAAUUAAAGACUGAGUAAAUGUUUUAGCAUGUUUGUAUAAAUGGGACAGAGAGCUUUACUAUUUAAAGAUACAUGAAAUGAACUGGCCUAAUAGGUCAGUUGCAAGGUAUCACUUUCAAUGUUUUCUGUUUACCAUCCAUGCUCCAAGUUGGAUGAUGCACUUUCAUUAAAAUUAGCUAUUAUUAUGGUAAAGAAUUGUAAUAUAUAACACUGGUACCUGUUUAUAGAGCCUUGCUUACAUCACUUUUAUUUAUUUUUGUAAAACCCCUUAGCUGGGUCAUGUAAAAAUUCCAUUCUAUUUAUUAAGUGCUUGUAAAUUAAAAGGUUCUUCCUAAAUAUUGUGUCAUUGAGAUAGCUGAACCUGGUGCUUCUAUAUUAUUUCAUUAUUAUGCAUAAAUGUAAAUCAGAUUUAUAAUCGAGUUGUUUACAGGAUUGUGUAGUACGCUGCUCUUCAUUGUACAAUUGUGAUGAAU